AUGACCGUCCCAGAUACAUUCAAAGCCGCCGUUGUGCCUGAGCCCGGCGCGAAGCACAUCGUAACCGACCGCUCCCUGCCAUCUCUCUCGGCAGGCGAAGUUGCCAUUAAAAUCGCAGCGACCGCCAUCAACCCAGUAGACUGGAAAAUCCGCGACUACAAAGUCCUCAUCAAGGACUACCCAGCCGUCCUGGGCUCCGAUGCAGCCGGCACCAUCGCCGCUGUCGGCCCUGACGUGACAGGAUUCAACGUCGGCGACCGCGUCUUCUUCCAGGGCAUCAUCGCCCGCUACGACGCCUCCACCUUCCAGCAGUAUUGCAAGAUGCCCGCGGCGCUCGUUGGCCACACGCCCACAAGUAUCUCAGACGACCAGGCCGCCGGAGUCUCGCUCGCCACCAUAGCCGUCGUCACGGGGUUUUACGACAGGGCGACAGGCUCUGGGCUGGCGGCACCCUGGGAGGAGGGCGGCGCCGACGCGGGCCGGGGUAAGGCGAUCGUUGUGCUCGGCGGGAGCUCGUCGGUCGGGCAGUACGCCAUCCAGCUUGCCAAGCUGAGCGGGUUUGAGAAGGUCGUGACCAACGCCAGCGCCAAGCACGCCGAGUUUCUCAAGUCGCUGGGCGCUGACGUCGUGCUCGACCGCGCGCGGCAGAACGGCGCUGAGGAUUUUCGGGCGGCGGUUGGGGAUACACCACUGGCGUUUGUGUUUGAUGCCAUCUCGGAGGCGGCUACGCAGGCGCUGGGCGUGGAGAUCCUGGCGGCGACCGGAACCGGUGGCAGUCAUGUCAUCACGGUGCAGGGUGUCAAUGCCGCCGCCAAGGAGCUGGGCAGUAGCAAGGAGCCCAAGGUGGACAUCAAGCAGGUCAUGGGGCUCGGCAGCUCGCCUGGCCUGAGGUACCUAAGCGAGCCUUUGAUGAGGCACCUCGGUGGGGAGGAUGGGUACAUCGCGAAGGGCAAGUUUGUCCCCAAUCGCCCUCUGGUGGUGAGCGGGGGCUUGGCUGAGCUGGAGACAGCGCUCGCCAAGAACAAGAAAGGUAUUUCGGGCGAGAAGGUCGUCAUCCGGCCCUUUGAUGCCUGA